AUGGAUGAAUCAGCAUCAUCUACUUCCUUUAACGAACCUGUUAAUACAAAUGUAUCAGUGAUUGAUGCCGCUUUUCCGGGAACAAUCCCGCGCUUAAAUCCUAAAUGCAUAGAACUUACAGUUGCAACAUCUCUAGCGUUAUCGGGAAAUGUUCAAUUGGUUUCAUCCUUUGAUAGAAAGCAUUAUUUUUAUCCAGAUUUACCAGCUGGGUAUCAAAUAACACAAUUUUAUGCUCCAAUAUCCCUUGGUGGAAAAAUAACUGUGUCACCUUUAGAUGGACUUGAGUACGAAAAAGACGUUAGAAUAAAACAAAUUCAAAUCGAACAGGAUACGGGAAAAAGUAUACAUGAUUUAAGACCUGGGAUGGCGUUAAUAGAUCUAAACCGCGCGGGAACCGGUCUAAUGGAAAUUGUGACGGAACCUGACAUGAGAACAUCAAAAGAAGCAGGUCUCGCUGUUCGUAAAUUACAGGCAUUAUUUCGAGCCAUAGGAUCUUCGGACGGAAACAUGGAAGAAGGGUCAUUACGAUGCGAUGUAAAUAUUUCUGUACAUAAGCCCGGAACUCCCUUUGGUACAAGAUGUGAAAUCAAAAAUUUAAAUAGCGUUAAAUUUCUAAUGGCGGCAGUUGAUGUAGAAAUCGAACGCCAAAUUGCUGAAUUGAAUAAAGGUGGAACCGUCAUUCAAGAAACUAGAGGGUAUAAUGUUGCUACCAACCAGACCUUUAGGUUGAGAACUAAAGAGACUUAUAACGAUUAUCGAUACAUUCCAGAAUCAGAUUUACCUCCAUUAAUAAUUACUGAAGAUUAUCUUACACGCAUAUAUAAUAGACUACCAGAAUUACCCGAUGAUCGUAAAAGAAGACUGAUGAGCCAAUAUCAUAUUUUAUUGCAUGACGUUACAACAUUAAUGCGUGAAAAUGGUGGUGUAGAGUAUUUUGAAGAAGUAGCAAAAGAUCGUAACUCUCGUAAUGUAGUGAAUUGGAUUACGCAUGAAUUGUAUGGUCUCCUAAAUAUCAAAAAUAUCAAAUUCGAUCACAAUCCCGUAACCACGCAACAAUUAGGUUCCAUAAUUGAUUCCAUUGAGAAGGAUGAAAUUACAGCUAAAAUAGGAAAAAAGGUUCUUGCUCAAAUGAUUUCAGGGGACAAACGUCUUACUCCUGAUAUUAUACAAGAAAAGGGAUGGAAACAAAUAUCAAAUAUGGAUGAAUUAGAAACAAUUUGUAAAAAUAUUAUAGCCAAAAAUUCCGAACAGGUGCACCAGUAUAAACAGGGUAAUAAAAAUAUAUAUCAGUGGCUUGUAGGACAAGUAAUGAGAGAAACUAAAAGUAAAGCAAGUCCUAAAUUGGUGAACGAUAUAUUAAAAAAAUAUUUAGAUUAG